GGAUGCUGAUAUUCUUGCCACUGAUGGAAGUAAAGAAGAAAAGCAGAAAGUGGAAAUGCCAAAUAAUCACAUUACAAAAAAGAACAUGUAAGGCAGAAACAGCUUCAGUUUGCCUGAAAGAUAGAGUCAUGGGAGUGGGAUUCUCAAAGGUGUUAACACACACAACAGACGAUGAAAUUCCAAUUUCUUCGACAGAUUCUGCUCCUCAACUCACCUACAAACAACCUCGGAAAAACCUCCCUUUUCCACGUUCUCUUGUUCCUCCUCCCAUGCCAACCCAAUGUUCUUCACAAACAGGACCUGUUCUUGGGAAGCCUUACGUUAAAAUAAAGCACACGUACGAGAUGAAGAAAGAGCUGGGAAGAGGCAAGUUUGGCGUGACUUAUCUGUGUGUAGAGAAGGCCACAGCAAUUUCCUAUGCAUGCAAAUCCAUAGCAAAGAAGGGUCCGCAAGAAGUUGAGAAUGUUAGAAGAGAAGUUAUGAUUCUGCAGCAUCUUUCAGGGCAACAUAACAUAGUGGAAUUCAAGGGAGCUUACGAGGACAGGGAGAACGUGCAUCUAGUAAUGGAGUUGUGCAGUGGAGGUGAACUCUUUGACCGUAUUGUUGCAAAAGGUAGACACUCGGAGCGUGAAGCGGCCACUGUGAUGAGACAGAUUGUGAAGGUGGUCGACGUGUGCCAUUUCAUGGGUGUGAUGCAUCGAGACCUCAAGCCAGAGAAUUUCUUGUUCGCCACCAAGGACGAGGAUGCCCCUUUGAAACUCACGGAUUUUGGUUCCUCUGUCUUCUUUCACACUGGUGAGGUGUAUAAAGAUAUUGUUGGAAAUGCAUAUUACGUGGCUCCUGAGGUUUUGAAACGGAAUUACGGAAAGGAGAUAGAUGUUUGGAAUGCAGGAGUCAUUUUAUACAUUCUCUUAAGUGGGGUGCCUCCAUUUUGGGCUGAAACCGAGAAAGGCGUGUUUGAUAAUGUUUUGGGUGCUAAGUUAGAUAUGGAUAGCGAGCCAUGGCCUUCUACAUCAGACGCUGCAAAAGAUUUGAUCAGAAAAAUGCUUACUUAUGACCCUAAGGAACGGAUUACAGCUGCUGAGGCCCUUGAACAUCCAUGGUUGAAAGAAGCUGGUGAAGGAUCAGAAAAGCAUCCAGACAGUGCUGUUUUAAGUAGGAUGGAAGAGUUUAAAGCAAUGAACCAGAUGAAGAAGCUUGCAAUGAAGGUAAUAGCAGAAAAUCUUUCAGAGGAAGAAACAAAGGGCCCCAGACAAAUGUUCAACAAUAUGGAUACUGAUGGCAGUGGCACUAUCACAUUUGAAGAACUCAAAUCUGGAUUAUCCAGAUUGGGUUCCCUGCCUAGUGAAUCUGAAAUAAGGCAGCUAUUGAAUGCUGUAAGUUCAACUAAACUGUGGUAUAUGCUCUUUCUUCAUCACGUGCACUGUCAGAUUGGUAAUGACAAGAAUGGAACAAUUAACUAUUAUGAAUUCAUUGCUGCCACCAUGGAUCGACACAGACUGGAGAAGGGGGGGAGUUUGUUCAAGGCUUUUCAUUACUUUGACAAGGAUGACAAGGGUUAUAUAACGAGAGAUGAACUUAGGGAAGCUAUCACUGUACACCAAAUGGGAGAUGAAGCUGCGAUAGAUGGAGUCUUCGAGGAUGUAGACUCUGACAAAGAUGGGAAAAUUACCUAUGAGGAAUUUAUGAGCAUGAUGAGAAACGAAUGCUGAAUAACUAUGACAAACGAUAAGAUCAGCUAAUCGCCAACAAUAUUCUGCUACGUCUUGUACUAGUUUCCGUGCUGCACCAGAUAGAAUCACUUGAGAAACGCACUACUACAGUCUAAUUCCAAAUUACCAUAUUCUCUAUACGACAAAAGCAAAACUCCCACUGUCAUUCCAAACACAUUAGUAAUGUUAUUACACAGAUAAUUUUAUAUACAUGUUUUUUAUAUACACGAUAAACUUGUUAUCAGAACUUGUCAACAAAUUUUCUAAUAUGCGAGUUCAGCAGCUGCGUGGUUGAACUGAUAUUCCACAUCAA